UUCCAAUUAUUUCCUCAACCAACAAAACAGAAAUGAAAACAAAAUGGCCCUCUCGUUGCCUAACAAUUCGCUGCCCUCUUCUCUUUUUCUCUAUAAAAGGUUUCCCUUUCUAAUUUCUUGAAUCGACACUAACCUUCCUCAUUCUCUCUCGCGCACAAGCCAAAUUUGUCCGAUCCCUGAAAGUGGAAGCUCCCAUAAACUCCCUUUCAUGGCGUCGGAUAAAGGCAGGCCCUUGCCCAAGUUUGGUGAGUGGGACGUAAAUAACCCUGCCUCAGCUGAAGGAUUUACUGUCAUAUUUAACAAGGCAAGAGAUGAGAAGAAAACCAAAAAUUCUCCAAAAACCAUGUCCCCAAAAAGAAAUGAUGCUGUGCGCAACAACAAUAAUGAUUCUUAUCAGACUGCUCCUAAGUGGAAAUGGCUUUGCUGUGGUUGAACCAUAUUUUUGGAAUUGGAUGAUAGAAGCGACUUGUAAAGUAAUUUCAAGUGGGAAUGGAAUCAGGGGUUCCUCCAUAUGAAUGUGCCUGGCGUACUAGUGGAGUAUCGAGUUGGUUUGCUUGUAGCUUUUCUCCCUCGUGUCGUCUUGGGCUUUAAGUUACUUUUAUGUUUAGUAUGUUUCUUGACAUAUAACGUGAAAGAUAAUUUGGUUGUUUAGUAGAGAUUACCAGUUCUUUCUCAUGUUGGCUCUCUAAGAGAGAAUCUCCUUUAUUACAUUCAUCAAUGAGAUCAUUUUAGUGUCCCGUAUUAUUUAUCCAGCAUCUAUUUCUUAGCUUGAAAUAUUUUGAGGCAGCACUAAUAAUAUAAUCUCUGAUAGCCAAGUGACCGGCGGCUACUUGGCUGGUUAAGGCAAGCCUCCUUGAAAUACACCUAACUCAGAUGUGUACGAGAUUUAAAUAGUUAAACGUUAACAAAAGAUUAGAUGUUAAACGUUAACAAAGAAAACACUAAUAGGUGCUCACUGAUUUUUUUUUUUUUUUGGAAUAAAAGU